AUGACCACCCCACUGAGACGUUCUGCGAGAAUCAAGGCACGAGCGGAGGAAGCAGAGGAGGAUUUUCUGGAACGGUACCGUGACCUCGUGGAAGAAAUCGACACCUGCUACAACACCAUCGAAAAAAGAUUGCAAAAUAUAUCCGAGAUCGCCAAAACCAGAAUACUAGGCCUCCUGCGAGGCCGAUUAGAAGAUUUCAAAGAUGCUUAUGAGGAGUUCACUGGGAAAACAGCGGAAUGGAUCCACACACGGGAUACGCGGGAGGAGGAGCUCAGCGAACCGACUCAGGGGAAAGAAGCUGCGGCAUUAGGGGAAGAUACGAUGGAUGAAGUUGGAGCGAUGUACCAUUCUCACCUUAAGCGCUGUCAGCACCCUGGAGAAGUGGAGACGAUGGGCUACAGGGAGAAGAAACCGGCGCCGAGGAAGAGACGACGCUCCCCGGAACCUUUUGAUGAUGAGUUCGAUGAAGAGGAACAUGAUGAACCUAAGUUGGAACCGAUGUAUAACUCCCGCUUCAGGAGGUCGACGAAAGGCUCGGUUCGAGUAAGGACGGAAUCUCAACGGUUCUCGUGCUGCAACUUUUGCGCGACAUCUGGGGAAUAUGAGAGCGAUAUGACCGGCGCGUGCUAGGACAUUUGUUUCGCAGGAAGGAUAGCUUUUGAUUGUGGGCUUGUUGAAGGAAACGCAGCCGUUAAGGAUCAGUAUGCACGAAUACGCCCCGCUUUUGGCCUGAACAAUGGAAUCGCUGGAAGGAACUGAACUUUCCUCUCCUGCGACCAUCACGCAGCCCAUUCUCGGACGGAAUCCCCACUCAUUUUCUCAAACCGUUCAUCAUCCUUUCACCGCGGUGGCCGCCCCUGAACCCUGGCCUCGCUCCUACUACAGUACCUAGCGUAGAAUCAGCCCGCCUUCCCUACAUAGAUUCACCUAUUACAAUCGCGUGAACCCCGCUGUGCAAUGUAUACAAAACAUACACUCUUGCUGUCGAUUAGGCCUUAUUUCGUGACU